AUGAUUAUCAAGCCUAUCCCAAUCUCGGCAACAGACCAGACAGUCGUAUGGCAGGACGAAGAGGCCAACCACAGGUUCAUCCUCCAAGCACGCUCAGUUCCCUUGAUCUCCACUCACCAGAUCAAGAAAUUGCGACGACUCUCCCUCAGCCUCGUCACCAGCAUCGGAUCCAGUAACAACUCCAAUAAUGACAACAGCUCACGGCCCUCGCUCGGAUCUACACUUUCUUCAACUGCUCUUCCUUCGCUUCAGGAACAUGGACAACCAGACGAUAAUGAACCAGCAGCCGUUGAGCCUUCAAAGUCUUUGACUAGCGGUAUCACAUCGCCGUUCAGCAAGUUCUUCCCAAGGACGGCAUCCUUCUCUUCCCCCUCUGUGACCUCACCAACAUCGACGACAAUUGCGUCAUCGCCAGCAACAACAAGAGCUGAACGGAGAGCGUCGACAGGUCAUCGAGUGAGUCCCAGCUUCUCAUCUGCAAGCGAUCUCUUUGGGAACCUCGUCGACAGUGUCCAAAAGGGAACCGCGUCAACUCAACGGACGAUUCGACAGCUCCCCUCUCUGAACAUGUCGAUGUCAUCGCUUGGGUCGUCCCUCUCGUUACCAUCCAUCUCUGCCAAGGUCCCCGCUUCGACUACACUUGGAAAGAUACUGGACUCUGCGAUCCUAGAAAGCAACAAGGUCUCGAUGGAGGAUGCUACUUUCCGGAUUGUGUUGCAGUGCUCACAGGAAAACCAAGUUGUUGCGAUCGCGGUGGAUGAGGUGACAAUCCGAGCUGAUUGGGAUUGUAUCCACAAGACCGUCUUUCCAAAGAACUCUGAGCUUGAGCUUGGUCUGGCACCCAGUCGAGGGGACGAGACAGAGUCGGACAAGCGAUGGGUCGAGGAACUGGACCGCCUGAGUGAAGCAUUGUCGUUGGACCAUGACCAGGACAAGGCCAUCAUGCGUGCAGAGAUCCACCGCAUCUUUCGCUUCGAGGACGAAGACCUCAUCUGCUUCUACAAGUCGACAUAUGUUCAGGACGAUGGCGCGGUGUUGGCAGGAUACCUAGCAGUGACAAAGAAUUAUGUCUGUUGGCACAAUUCGACCAUGACCGAGAAGGCUCUCGACUCGGCAAUGAUGUUCUACGGCAGUAGCAACAACAACUCCAACGAUGCCACCGUCUUUAAAAAAGUCGCCUAUAGGGAUGUUCUGGAGCUUGAUGAUGAGUACGAGGGUCAAACUGGAUACAUUGUCAUCACAUCUCGCACAUCCAAGUUUGUGUUCUUGCCAACAUUCCAGCGCCAGGAACUGUUUGAUGUUCUUUCUCACUUCUGCAAUUCACACAUGCGACUCAUGGUCUCCGAGCUGAUGAUUGAAGCAGAGGAUAAUCCACACUUUCGACAGUUCAGUGACUCGACGACAGGAUCUCUCACGGACGAUGAAGAGGACGAGCACGACCACUCAGCAGCUAUAAAGGAAUCGCCCGAGUUUUCGAUCAACUCUAUGGCCGAUCUAGCAAAGUUCAAACAGAACCGACGUUAUCAUUCCGUGUUCCGACUGCCACAGACGGAAACGAUCCUUGAGGAGAUCGAGACAACUCUGGAGACCAAGUCGGUUACGGACGCUCAGACGGGGACUCUCUACAUUUCUCAGAACUUUAUCUGCUACACCUCGGGGUCUCUUGCGCCGCCACCACCGCCAACAACGUCGCCAUCUAGAGAGUCGGCAGCAACCGGCAUUACAGGAACAGGAAAUGCUGCUAGCACAUUGCUCUCAGAAGUACCGUUGACGACUCCAUCGCUGACACUGGUCAUUCCGUUGUUGGAGAUAUUGGAGGCGAAACGGGAGGCGAGUCCAUCCAACACGAUCCACAAACCAGGUCACCAAUCCACAGCAUCGUCUUCAACACCCUUAUCCUCAACAACUCAGUCACAGUCAGUCCUCAACUCUUUGGCAUCCAACAGUGCCAUCUCUAGUAUCAUGGCCUUAGGAGCAUCUGUGCGUCAACAGGUCGGCGUGAGGGUCACUCUUCGGUCAAGGACAUCGCUCUGGUUCACAUGCAGUCAGGGCGGGAACCUGGAGCUCUACGAGAUGAUUGACAAGGCGCUGCAUUCAGUGGACGUCUCCACAGCCCUGCUAAAGACCUUGGAUGUCCAAGUACCUACUACUCCUCAAACUACUCGGUGGUCGACAGCAUCUUCUGUGAGGAACGCGUCAGAGGGAUCGGAGGAUCUGACGUUGGUGGAUGAGACUGGAUUGACGGAUUUGGCACCGGAUGAUGCCCAAGACCAUCUGGAGUUGACGGUUCCUUUGCCAUAUGGGCUGCAGCACCUGUUCUCUGUGGCGCAUCCAAGUUCGGUUGGAGGACACUAUCAGCGCGGAGACGGUGGUGGUCAGGUCUCUUCGGUAGCAGCCAGUCGGGAGCAAGACACGGAUAUGGAACAGGAAUGCGCUUGGGUGGAUUACUUUGCCCAGUACGGUCGCGAUAUGUGUAUGAUCAAGACUGCACAGCUCCGCCGACUGGUCCUCAACGGCGUUCCUGAGUCCUUCCGCCCGCAGCUCUGGACAGUCCUCUCGGGCGCAUCCUACUUUCGUUCGGGAGACGAGUCCUAUCGCCGUAAUCUAACCCAACUCCAACAACGGGACCGAAUCGCUCGCAAUACCAGCAGUGAGGAUGGAAGUUUGUCGCGGAUGACGAUGGUGACGCUAGGCGAGAUCGAGAGGGAUGUGAAGCGGAGCAUGCCAGACCACCCAGCCUACCAAUCCACCAUUGGUCUCGGAGCCCUCCGCCGAGUCCUCAACAGCUACUCCUUCCGGAACCCCUCAAUCGGCUACGCCCAGUCGAUGAACAUUGUCACUUCCGUCCUCCUCCUCUACCUCAAGGAAGAAGACGCCUUCUGGGUCCUCACCACCAUCUGCGAACAGCUCCUCCCAGACUACUACUCUAAAUCCUUCCUCGUCGGAGUCCAACUCGACCAAAAAGUGUUUUCGCAUCUCGUCAAGACCACGCUCCCGGCGAUCGCGUUACAUUUCCAAGAGAUUGAUUUGAAUCUGGCGACGAUUACGAUCCCUUGGUUCUUGUGCUUGUUCCAGAGCGUCUUGCCACGGCCUGAGUCCACCAGGGUGUUGGAUUGCUUUUUUUAUCAGGGCCCCGUGUUCUUGUUCAUGUUGGGACUUGCGAUUCUGAAGAGCUGCCGGCUGUCGCUUUUGCAGUGCAAGAAUGAUGAGGGUGUUGUUUUAACCAUCCAGGCUUUCUUCAAGAAACUCAACCAUGACUGUCCUUCGCCUUCGUCCUCAUCACCACCUCCUUCCGCCAGAGCCGCCACAUCCCCUGCGACAGCUACCACUCCAGCAACAGGAUCACCCUCAUCCCCAAUUGGACCAACAACAACAGGAGGAGGAGGAGGAGUGAUCGACCACCCAAUCAACACAAAAUCCCGGUUCAAAACAAAAGACCAAGUCAGUUCAGAAAUCCGUCGCCAAAUGGGACUCUCUUCCGCCCACGCACCCCUUCACGGAAAACUGUUGAUGGACCAUCUGCUAGAGAUGGCAUUCCGGGAUUUCUCGUUCAUUACCCAGGACGAGAUAUGCCGACUCCGGGAUCAAUUCCGCAUGGCCGUUGUUUCUUCUAUGGACCACCGUCGUCGUAAAAGUACGAGAAGUACAAGGACGAGUCGUCAAGAACGUCAGAGUUUUAGUAGUGACUCGUACCGUAGUAGUUCUCCACCUCUUACGGAGGAGCAGCUGCGAGAGCGAGCGUUGUAUACUGCAUUUUAA